AUCUGUGACGCAUUUUGUAGUCGACUGUAAACCACACAGCCGACCCAAACUGACCUGAUGGACGGGGUUUUACGAUAAAACAAGUCAUUUUAGUCCUGUACAGUGGUCGUAUUCGUCCUCAAUGGUAGUGAAACCCUCCCUCUGAAAUGUAUCUUUUACUUUAUACGGCCGAUAGUUUGUUUUACGGCUUAUGUAGUUGGUUAUUCUGUCGCUAACCGGCUUGUGUUGUUGCUGGAUAGUAUCGUAGCUAGUUUAAAAUGACUCUUCCAGCUUUGCACAACACCGGCGUGCUUUACAGGAGGAUACUGUCACAGUUUCCGCAGGACAUCAGUUUAGCUUUUGCCUACGGAUCUGGCGUAUUUAAACAGCAUGGGACCAGCCAAGGUCAAAUGGAGAAAAACAUGCUGGACUUUGUGUUUGCGGUGGACGACCCAGUGACGUGGCACACCAUGAACCUGCUGCAGAAUCGCAAACACUACUCUAUCCUGAAGCUGCUGGGUCCCACGAUGAUCAGCUCCAUACAGAAUGAACACGGGGCUUCUGUUUACUACAACACACUGGUGCCUGUGGAUGGCAGGAUAAUCAAAUACGGUGUGAUCAGCACAGAGUCUCUGAUUGACGACCUGACGCACUGGAAGACCAUGUAUGUUGCUGGACGCCUUCACAAACCAGUGAAAAUGCUGGUGCAGGGUGAGAAUGGGAAGCUCCGUGCCGCCCUGGUCGCCAAUCUGAAGAGUGCUGUGACGGCUUCUUUCCUCAUGCUGCCAGAGAGCUUCACUGAAGAAGAUCUUUUCCUGCAGAUAGCUGGUCUUUCUUAUGCUGGGGAUUUCAGGAUGGUGAUUGGAGAGGAUAAAUCCAAGGUGGCCAACAUCGUCCAGGACAACAUUCAGCACUUCAGGAUUCUGUACAGUAACAUCCUGCGGGACUGUCCUCAAGUGGUCUACAAACCUCAGCAAGGCAAACUUGAGGUUGACAAAAGCCCAGAAGGCCAGUUCACCCAGCUGAUGGCGUUACCUCGGACUCUUCAGCAGAGGAUCACAAAACUGGUCGACCCUCCGGGGAAAAACCGGGACGUGGAGGAGAUUCUGCUGCAGGUGGCUCAGGACCCCGACUGUGGAGCAGUUGUGCAACAAGGUAUCUCAUCUAUUGUGAAAUCCUCCAGUAUAACCCAGAGUAUUAAGGGCAUUGCUACAGCUGGUUUGUGGAAGACAGUGUCGUACAGCUCUAAAAAAAUGAUGAAGAUGUGGAAGGGCUGGAGGAGGAAGCCGUCUGUCUCACAGAUGUCCUGAUCCUCUUCGUUUACCAGGAACCUGUCUGUCCGACAAUCCAACAAUGUCCAUCCUUUGAUUUUUUUUCCCCUUGCCUCGUCAAACUGGCCAGAGCUAUCGCUCUCUAACCUCUGGUUAUAUAACUCCACAGUGUCUGUGAAUGCUGCCAAUUACCAGGUGUAGGACUGUGUGUGAAUAGCCUAGAACCAUGUCUGCAGCUGCCCUUUCUCACUAAAUUAAUAAAAGUCAUAGAAUAAAAGGUGACAUUUCCUGAGUUGGACUGAAUACCGGCUGACAUUUACUGUUACUACAGAUCUGGGCCUUUCUGAAUGAUGACUCAUGAGGAACUGUUGAAUGGACUCACGUUUAAUGAAGAAGUGAAUUUGGUUUCAUGUGUUAGGAUGCCAUCUUUUGAGUCAUGUGAGUGCUACAUAUGUGCAUAUUUCUCUGUGAAUGUUGCUGCUCAGUGAUGAAUGGUGGGCCACUGAGACGCAUGAAAUGGAGAAUAGUAUUUCUGUGUGGAGUUACGCUCAAAUACAAACAUUUCUUAUUCCUCUACUCACCCUGCCAAAGAUCUCUAAACUUUUAUUGUCCUCCUCUUCCUGUUUUUUCAGUGUUAUUUCACUUCAGCUCAUUUUGGUUCACCUUGUUAAUAUGAGCUGAUCAUUCUGCCGUUCUUUGAUGAGAAGAUCCACUGACUGGCUGUUUAAUUCAGCGCUAAAAAAUGGGUUAAAUAAACUUUUAUUAACACACCAUCAA